AUGACCGAACCGAAGGACCCAUCUGCAGUGUCUCAUUCACACAAUGUGGAAGGUGUGUCGUGUGAUGUCGGUGACAUAUUUCAGCGAAUGGUACUUUCUGGUCGCUUUUGUAGCUGGGCUGAAUUUGACCAAGCCUUUGAACAAUUUAUGAAGGCGUCACACACUUCAUACUGUGUUACUUCAAGUCGUGUACUUGAUAAAAGUGGACCAAUGAGAUAUCAAUUUGUGCAAUAUCACUGCACUUUUGGAGGCAAACGUCCUCCUAGAGGUGCUGGUUUGAGAGAAAAAGUAAGCAGAACACUUGGCUGUGAAUCUAGAAUAAGGGUUCGUUACAAGACUGGAGUUUAUAGAAUCAUAUCCUCCCAAACUGUACAUAACCAUCCAUGCACCGAGGAAUUUCUGUCGACUGAAAUAUGUAGACGUAAAUUAUCAGCAGAUGAAAUGGAUACCGAUGAAUCACUCCUGGAAAAGGAAACUGAUGAGCACAAAGUAAUAGAACUAGCGCACCAAAGGUUAGGAGAAGUCGUGUCAUAUAAUGGUUCGACGAAUAUACAGGUUAAAAAUGACAAGCAUAUUCCAGGAGAUAGCAAACCGUUGUCCUGUCAAUACAUCCUCUUCGAAAAGAAACCACGUUCCCCUUCCUCAGUGCGACAACCAAGUAAUACUUUCCGGAAUGUGUACGAACGUCUUCGAACGCGUUUUGUGCGUCUUCACAAACGGAACUCGGGUGCUGCUAUGCGAGAAAUGCGUCAUACAAUCAGGAGACUUGACAUUCUAUUAGAACGUGUACGACAGAGGACUUUACGAAGCCCGCCAGCUUCUGUUAAUCGUAAUUCUUUGUAA